AUGGCCCCUUUCCAAUACCUCAGCCGCUUCGAGACGGCGGAAGGCGACACCUUCUAUGCGAACGUCGGCUCUAACAAUCCCACAAUUGGAAGCAAAGUGCAAGCGUAUCCAACUUAUGAAGACCUACUGGAAGAUCGGGAUGCCAGGACGGUUGUAAUCGCCAAGGUACUCCCACCACUCCCACGACCGGAUCUGCCCAUCUACUGCGUUGGUCUCAACUACAAAAGUCACGCCGUUGAAGCUAGUCUCAACGUCCCAGUCAACCCACCGAUAUGGACAAAACCAGCUGCUGCGCUGUCGUCGCCUGACGAGACUAUACCAUUCAGCCGAUUUUGCGCUUCGCAUCUUCCUGACUGGGAGGGCGAGCUCGUAUUCGUCACGUCGCGCGAGUGCCGCGACAUCACGCCGACGGAAGCGCUGGACUACAUCCUGGGUUACACGAUAGGCAACGAUCUCACCUGCCGCUUCUUUCAGCUUCCGGAGCAGUCUGGUGGUCAGUUCUUCUACGCCAAGGCCUUUGACAAGUUCGCGCCAGUAGGCCCGGUCCUGGUGAGCAGUUCCUUAUUUCCCACUGGCGUGCCGACAGGGAGGCUGGUCACGUGCAUCAAUGGAGAGGUAAAGCAAGAUACUUCUAUCGCGAAGGAUAUGAUAUUUUUACCACAGCGAAUCCUGAGCUGGAUGAGUCAGAGUACCACGAUUCCCGCUUUCUCAGUGGUCAUGACCGGGACUCCUGCAGGGGUUGGUGUAUUCCAGAGGCCCCGGCAACUGUUGAAGGAUGGUGAUCGUAUGGAAGUUGAGAUUGCUGGACUGGGAACUCUCAAGAAUACGGUCAAGUUUGAAAACGGUCAGGAUUCCAUCCUGUAA